AUGGCGCCUACCGUUCUUGGAAUAGUUGCCUCGACUCGUACUCAGAGAGUCCUGCUUACACUUGAAGAGCUCGGCAUUGAGUAUGACUUCAAGGUUAUAGACCUUUCCAAGGGACAACACCAUGAUCCGGAAUAUGUCAGAGAUCACCACCCAUUCGCCAAGGUCCCGGUGUUCCAAGACAAUGGAAUAGAGAUCUUCGAGUCCAGAGCCAUUGCCCGAUACCUCGCCGCCAAGCAUCAGUCGCACCUUGCUCCACCGACCGGUAAUCCAGAAGCUUUGGCUGUUUUCGAACAAGCUGCCAGUGUUGAAUAUGCCUAUUUCGAACCUGCUGUCUCUACCCUUGGAUUUGAGCUCAUCUUUAAGAAGAUGUUCAACCUCGGAGAUACCGAUCAAGCCGUAGUUGACCAACAGAAGACUCUGCUUAAAACUACGCUUGACUACUACGAAAGGACACUCGAGGCUCAAGAGUAUCUGGCGGGCAAGCACUAUAGCCUUGUUGAUCUCUUUCAUAUCCCUUGGCUAGGAUUUCUUAGAAAUAGAUUGCAACUUGGAGAGGUGAUUGAUUCUAGGAAGAAUGUGGCUGCGUGGGCUGAGCGCAUAACCCAGCGUGAAGCAUCAAAGGCUGUUUCGGCCAAGGCCGCGCAUUAA